GAGAUAUUGUUACGGGAAUUUCUCCCACAGAGUUGUUUCUCCCAAGAUGUUGAAAAGUGAAAUGUUCCUACUCGCACGCCAACCUGCUGCGCUUGACGUAAACGAAAGUCGUAAACGGGCUUCGCUUAUUAUGUUUCACGAACUUGCGUCGUUUGUUUGUCGUUGUAUCGGAGAUCUUGAUGACAAUGCACGGCGGUGGAGAGGUCGAAAGUAAAAUAUAACGCAGCUUGUCUGACAGAGAUGGGAAAAUUAUCGAAAGUUGCGAUGCACGAGAUUCUUUGUCACAAUGUCAGAAGGUUAUAGGAAAGAGAUGAUGCUUGCUUAAAUGAUUCUUUCCUUAUUCAUAAUGAGGAGCAGACACAUUGGACAUGGAUAUAAUUAACAUAGAGGACGUGGAAGCUGGUGUUCGUCCAUCGAAGAAUUCGACUUCAAUACAAUGCAACUGCAUUCAAUCGAACUCAGUGUGUUACAUUCUUGCAACAGUUGCCACUUUGGCACUUUUGGGUGCGAUCGUUUUCAUCUGCCGGGACUAUAUCAAAGUGUUGCUUUAUUGGAUCGAACAUCAGAAUAUAUGGAUUGUCACUGUAAUAUUCAUCGCGUUGUUCACAGUGGUUUCGUUCCCUAUCGUAAUUGGUUAUUUAUUCCUCAUCAUUGCUAGCGGCUAUUUGUUUGGCAUAUUAAGAGGGAUUGUCAUGGUUGUCUUGUCUGCCAACUUAGGAAUAGCCAUAGCACACGUUACCCUUAGCGCGUUAUCCUCUAAACUACCUAUUGGAGCUCUUUUGCAAAAUGACACUGCAAGAGCAAUCCUUAGAGUUAUAGCUGGACCGCAAGCUUUCAAGGUUGUAUUGUUUGCAAGGUUAACUCCUAUUCCUUUUGGCUUGCAAAACACCAUUUUUGCGGUAAGCAAUAUGGGCGGCAUUCAAUAUCAUAUAGCUAGUGCAUUAGGUUUGUUGCCUGCUCAAAUCAUCAAUAUUUACUUGGGCAGUAGUUUAAGAUCUAUGCAAGAUGUACUUGAAGAUAGAUCAACAGCAGCAACUGGUUAUAUUGUCUUCUGUUUCCAAAUUCUGAUAGGUAUUUCACUGAUGGUGUACGUUGUACAAAAAGCACGUAGAGAACUUCAACUGGCAUUAUUAGAAGCUGAUCUUGCCUCGAUGGCUGAUACUUCUCACUACCUUCUUGAUACAUUACCAGAUUCUAAAAUAGUUUUAACAAAUCUAAUUGCCUAGGAAUUAAAUAGAAAUCUUAUUUAUUCAUUCAUUAGAUGCCUAUAUGUUUCACAUCUAAUGCAAUUUUUUUCUGAUUAAGUUAAAGAUAGAACGUUUAAUAAAUUGAAGAGGUUCAAUUUAUUAUUUGUUAAUGAUAGUGAUAUAUAUUCGUUUUUUCUAUAUACUCUGAAAGUACUGAAUAUUUUGUGAUAUAAGCAACAGCUAACAAACAAUCGCUUUAUUGAUCAUACUUUAGUGAAAAGUUUUAGACAAGUGCAGAUAGAGAAUAGUAUUAAUAAAUAUAUUUAUUUAUUUAUUCUUUUUUUUCCUUCUCCGAAAAACAAUUUUUGUGCCAAAUCUCGUUUUUUACGUAUUAGAAAUCUUCAUUGUUGUCUUUUGAGAAUUUGAGUGCAUUUAUAUUUCUUUACUUAUACUAAUUUUUAUAUAUUGUCAGCAGCUUUGCAUUUAUUUUUGGUAAUACUUUUAUAUAAUAUAACAAGUCUUCCAGAGUAUUUAAUAAUUUAAAUUUUACAUUAAAGAAAUAUGGAACAAAACUGGGAGAAAAAAUUUAAUAAUCAGACAAGCAUGCAAAACAUGGAGAUUGUAAAAUAUUAAAAUUAAAAACAAUAACUUAAUUAACUCAUAUAAGUUACGCUAUAUAUGAUAUCGAAAACAGCAUUUUAACAGGGAACAUUUGAAUAACAUUUAAGUGCUAUAUGACAAAUUAUCGAGUAAACUUUUAUUUGCAUUUUAUUUGGAAGACUGACAGUUUAGUAAUUGAAGUUUACAUUAAUUUGUUCUUUAUAUCACAACUUUUCUUUAUUAUAUUAAUGAAUCUUUAUUAUUGAAUUCCUUUCAAAUAUUUGCUUCAUACAUAUAAUGUUUUAAUUUGGACAACCAUCAAUUGGCUAUAGGUAGAUAUCCUAAUAGACAACAGACUUACCUUAUUAAAAAACAAAAGAAGGAAAAAUAUGUAUAUAUACAUAUAUAUAUGAUUCAACUUCAUUGUCACGUAUCCUGCAUAACUAUGUACAGACUAUUGUAAUCAAUUUGCAUGGUAAAUUAACAUAGGCGAAUUAAAAAAAAACUAUAUUGUACAAAUGUAACAUACACAAUUGUAUGAAAUAAAAGAAUUCGUAUUCA